AUGGCCGACAAGGUUAAGGAGCUCGUUAACAACAUCACCAAGGGCGACAACUCCGACAAGGAGAAGGAGUUCAGCACCCAGCCCAUUGAGCAGAAGGGCCCUGCCGACCCCAAGUUUGCUGCCCACCAGGCACACCCCGGCCCCGCCGUCCCCAAGGACUUCAACGCCCAGGAGGAGGGUACCAAGGAGGAGCGCCGUGCGAAGGCGGAGGAGCUGAACAAAUAG